GGAUUUAUUUUAACACAUGUUCGAAGUAACGUAAAAAGAAAAACGAGAAGCCUCUAAAACGGGAGUAUUCGCCAAGAUUUUAAAAGAGAUCGGCGUUCACUCUUCUCUAAAAGUCCUUAAUUAAGGAGAGUAUAGAUCUAAAUUGAAGAUACGGAAUCCGAAUUCUUCUAAUCCGUUAACUUCGGAUUUAAUCCAAGAAAUCGUUGGCAUUCCACGGAGUUGAUAGACCUCGCUCUAAUGCUGUUCCCGUAGGGUAUGGCGUCUGCACUCGGGAAGUACCGUUCGUUCUGAAGUUGCAUAAUGGAUCUUGCAUUUCUGGUUCUUGGUCGCGUCGCCGAUGGACUUGCCAAGAGAUUCGUAGGCGCAUCAUUGACCAAUGACCACUGUCUGCUUGGCCAGCGUCUCGGGCCACGGAGAGUACCGUAAGAGUACUAACACGUGGGUAACACAGAGGGGGUAAGACCUCUCGGUCAACGCUCCUGCUUAAUGUAUAUAAAGGUUGGAGCCUCGAUGGGCGUUCGAGGCAGAUCGUCAUCAGACAUGUUCGGGAAGAUUAUCCUAGUACUCUCGGUUCUGGCCUGGGCCAGUGCCCAGAUUCCUAAUCUGGGCUUCUGCCCAGAAUACAUACCCAUGGCGAACUUUAACAUGCAAAGGUUCAUGGGUGUUUGGUACGAAGCCGAAAGAUACUUCCAACUUAGUGAAGUAGUAUCUCGAUGCGUUAUGACAAAUUAUACCAGAGGCAGCGACGGCAAAUAUCGCGUGAGCAAUCAAGUCACGAAUCGUUUCACCGGCAUAAAGAGGAUACUGGAUGGUGAAAUUAAGCCCCCAGCUUCCAAGGCCGAGGAGGGUAAACUUAACGUCAAGUAUACUACAAUUCCACUGACUCCUGAGACCAAGUACUCGGUACUCGAAACGGAUUAUGAUUCGUACGCCGUGUUAUGGAGUUGUCAAGGUAUCGGCCCGGUCCACGCACAAAAUGCAUGGGUCAUGACGAGGGAACGAAUACCGUCCGGAAAAGUGCUCCAAAAGGCUUAUGGCGUUCUUGAUAAAUACAAAAUAUCAAAAACGUUCUUCGUGAAAACCGAUCAGGCGGAUUGCGCUUAUUUGGACACGCCACUGGAGGACGAGUCCGAAGAGAAGCCCACCGCGGAAAAACCCGUCAAGGAGAAGCAAAAACGCAAACCACAAGCAGUCGAGUUGAAUGAGAACCUCAGAUCAGCCAUCGUGCAGAAUAACGCUGAUACUGAGAUAAAGGCGAAGGAAGUAGAAGCCGGGAUUACAGACGAGAAAGCGUCCUCCGAUAUCCCGAAGAUAAUGGCGGAACCUGCGAAGCUCGAGCAUCCUAUCGAAACUAUUCCCGAGCGGAUCUUGAAGAUUGCAGAGGCGGUAAAGGAGGAGAACAUCGCGGAAAACCCGAAGGAGAAGAGCGAGCAUUCGCAGGAGACGGAAGCAACUGCCUAAAAGUAUCGUUUAGCUAAAAAAAAGUCUGUUAAUUGGCGCUAGCGGGGACGUAUUCAAGGGGAUUUUUGACGUCUUAGGCUCGUAGCGGUUUUCUCAUUGAGAACCAGUCUCGCUUAAGUAUCGCAAAAUCAUUAAUCACUGUUUCAUUGACACGUCGGCGUCUUCGUCGUCGUCGUCGUUUGAGGACAUAGGGUUGGCAUAGCGCUUUGUUUUAUAGGCUUACGUACAAAUGUAAAAAAAAAAUAAAAGAAAUAAAGAUAAAUAAAAUUGUUAUAGAAAACGUCUUAAUAAAAUGGCAAUUCGUUUGGUUAUUUCUUCCGUUUCUCUGCGCAGAUACAAUAGCGUGCAUGUAAAAUUAAUUGCUAAAUACUUUGUGAUCGUAAUAAUUUAAUUGUAAAUCAAUGCGCAUAGUUAUAU